UUUAUAGCCUUUGCCUCGUUGUUCUUCAUCCUGGUCUCCAUCACCACCUUCUGCUUGGAGACUCACGAAGCGUUUAACACCAUCAUCAACAAGACAGAUCCAACGAGGAACAGCAGCGCUCCGGACUCAGGCCCGCAGUACGAGAUAGAAACGGACCCAGCCCUCACCUAUGUGGAGGGCGUUUGCGUCUUCUGGUUCACCAUCGAGUUCCUCGUCCGCGUCACGUUCUGUCCGGUGAAGCUGGAGUUUAUUAAAAGCGUCCUCAACAUCAUCGACUUUGUGGCCAUCCUGCCUUUCUACUUAGAGGUUGGGUUGAGCGGCCUUUCUUCCGAAGCUGCCAAAGAUGUGUUGGGUUUCCUCAGAGUGGUUCGCUUCGUUCGAAUCCUUCGUAUCUUCAAGCUAACGCGUCACUUCGUGGGUUUAAGAGUGCUCGGACACACUUUACGAGCGAGCACCAACGAAUUCCUGCUGCUCAUCAUUUUCCUGGCGUUGGGAGUACUUAUUUUCGCCACCAUGAUCUACUACGCCGAGCGAAUUGGCGCAGAUCCCAACGACCCAACGGGUAGCAACCACACAAAGUUCAAAAACAUCCCAAUUGGCUUUUGGUGGGCCGUGGUGACCAUGACAACACUGGGUUAUGGAGACAUGUAUCCAAAGACCUGGUCAGGCAUGGUUGUUGGUGCGUUGUGUGCCUUGGCGGGCGUUCUGACGAUAGCCAUGCCCGUUCCUGUUAUCGUGAAUAACUUUGGGAUGUACUACUCGCUGGCCAUGGCCAAGCAGAAGCUUCCCAAGAAGAGGAAGAAGCACAUUCCUCAGGCGGUGCAGGGGGGGUCGCCCAUUUACUGCCAAGCUGAGCUCAACACCACCUGCAACAGCACUCAAAGUGACCUGUGCAACACCAAAGGAGGAAGGGGACUCGAACGCAACCGCUCAGGUAAGACUCAGACGUUUAG